AUGUCCUCUCCUUCCACAGCAAUGUCGUCUACAGCCCUCACAAAGCGGCAGUUGCCCUCUUGUUCUGCGCUGAUGGGACCCCCUCCAGCCCCAAAGCGCAUAAAACGUCCUCCAAAAGUUCUAGAUGAAGAUGACUACACCGAUGCACUCUCCGAAAUCAUUGCAAGAGAUUACUUCCCCGGUUUACUUGAAAGCAAAACCCAGCAAGAAUACUUGACCGCGCUCGAGUCCAACAAUCCGGCCUGGAUCGCGGAUGCAGGUGCAAAACUUCGAGAAGUGAUGACCCCUGGUCCACCUACCCGAAGCGGAAAUGCACGUGCCGCUCGCAAUAGCAGGUUCAAUACUCCUUUACCUAAUAGCUCGACACCCAGGUACGGAGCAACAUACGGCGCAACGCCCCGUGGCUUCACCGGAGACGAAACCCCUGCCAGCAGCAUCGCAGAGAUUGAGGAUGCAUCAACGACCCAGAAGCCGGAGAUAGACACUUCCACUCUCUCGCUCUCGGCUUUCCAAUCCAAAUAUACUUCCGAAGACAACGAAUCCUUCAACGCCCUCCUCGACAAACAAAACUACAAGCGCCGCAAGAAGCACGCCUAUCUCUGGGCUCCGGAUCAGCGAAUUCCAUCCGCCAGACAAAUCGCGCACCGCAAUCGUGAAGCAAAACUACUUACACAAAAAGUCGAAGAUGAAGCGGCUGGAAAGGCGUUGGUGCCAAUCACAGUUGGCGGCAGUGCAGACAAACCGUGCCAACCGGACGCCUGGAAGAUCAAGAAGCCAGACAACACCUUCAUGUUCCCUCCCAGCUCUGUAGACGAAGACGGCCUCGAAACAGUAGCGGAGACCAAGGAGCGCGGUUCUCGCGCAGGCCCAAAGGGAGUCGUGCACGCGAACACUCGCUUCCCUGCCCCGGCACUCCACAAUGAGCACGCUGCAUCGGUUCCAUCCAGCCCCUCCCUCUCCGCCAUCCGCGACGCCAUCGCCGGAAAUCCACGGCUGUCCGCCUCCGAGAUCCAAGACACCGGCGCUGGGAGCGGUGGAGAAACGCCCCGCGUCAAUGGCUACGCAUUCGUCGAUGAAGAUGAACCUGAAAACAUUCCACUUCCAGAAGAGACUCAGUCACCAAGUUAUCGCGAUUUGCUGGCGGGACAAGUCGGAGACGCAACCCCGAAUCCUUUCAAGAUCGGUGAAGUGAGGAAGAGAGAGGAACUGCAUCAUCGGAUGGUGGAGAGGGAGUCGAAGAAAAAGAGGAUUAAUUCAAAUCAGGUUGGAGGAGGUGGUGGUGGUGGUGGUGGUGGCGGUGAGAGGAAGUGA